AGGUUGGAGAAUCAAAUCAAAUACUACUAUAUCCCAGAGAUAGUGAGGAGAGCAACAAUCGCCGCCAUUAAAAAAACGUUCCCUAGUUUAAUUGUUUACUUCCACCAGGCUCUGUUUUCCUGUCUGCUCCUCAGAUUUACAGUAGAAGAGAAGCUUGGUUGGGGAAGAUCAGAAGCAACCGAGGAAGAGAGAAGAUCAUUCAAGGCAGCUAUCGAUCGCUAGGUAGGUCAGUAGAGAGUUGAUGGAGCUGGCGCCAUGUAGCUUCAGCUGCUCCUACACCCAAAGUUCCAUCGGUUUCACCCCUCGCGUGCGCGCCGGCACCAGCUGGAUCCGCGCCGCCGCUCAUCAUGGCAGCGGCGGCGGAGAACCCACCCAGCCACAAAGAACCACCGGCCGCCUCGCCACCGACGGACCACCGGUGGUCAACGUGCCAGCCGUAGCCACUGCCGAAGGCCCCAGCGGGUUCCAUGGGGCCCGGGAAGCGGAGCAGGCCAUGUGGGAGAAGCUAGGCGCCGUGGUGAGGCUCAGCUACGGCAUUGGAAUCGGGGACACGAACGAACAAGCAGGGAUCUAUGCGGGCAUGGCGCUGGCGGGGCGUGCCAUCUGCGACCUGGCCGGGAUCGAUGCCACCGGCGGAUUCCACUCGUCGCUGACUGCACUGGUGGAGGGGCUGGGCUACGCGUCGCCGCCCAUCAUGGCGCUGCUCUUCAUCCUCGACGACGAGGUGGUCAAAUACUCCCCGCACGCGCGCGCCAUCAGGGACGUGGAGGAUGAGGAGCUCCGGACCUUCUUCGUUGGAAUGUCCCCCUGGCAGUUCAUCCUCGUCGUCACCGCAAGCUCCAUCGGGGAGGAGCUCUUUUACCGCGCAGCCGUGCAAGGAGCGCUCGCUGACAUAUUCCUCAGAGGCACGGAGCUGAUGAAAGAUGCCAGAGGGAUUGUGUCCCUGAGUGGCAUGGUACCGCCUUUUGUCCCGUUCGCUCAAACCUUUGCGGCGGCCAUCACUGCGGCGCUCACCGGAUCCCUCUAUUACAUCGCCACCGCGCCGAAAGACCCUACGUACGUGGUGACACCGGUCAUGCGUUCCAACACCGGGCGACAGAACAUCAAGAAACUAUUUGCAGCUUGGUACGAGAGGAGGCGGAUGAGGAAGAUAUACUCCCCUCUCCUAGAAGGAAUCCUGGCCUUCUACCUUGGCUUCGAGUGGAUCCAGACUGGCAACAUUCUGUCGCCGAUGAUCACCCACGGCAUAUACUCCGCCGUGGUCCUCGGUCAUGGGCUGUGGAAAAUCCAGGACCACAGGAGAAGGUUGAGACAAAGGAUUCAACAAGUUAGACGAAGCUCCGACAACAAACUCUGACCGCCACCAAGCUAACUAGCUAGGGAGCAAGUUUUGAUACAGAUAGUCUACAAUAUGCUAGGUACAGUGGGUAGUACAAGCCAAAUUGUACAUAUAUAUGCAGCCAAUGCAUGAUGGCAUCAAUGUAUGUAGUGUAUCCGUUGUAUACUUAUACGUGCGUUAGUAUAUGUAAAACAAUUUAACUAUAUGAUGAAUGUGUGAAGCCUAUGAGGGCACUCCAACAGGGCGACACAUUUUUAUGUC